CCUGAUUGGUCUGUUUGGAGCGCGCAUAGUGAUGACGUAUCGUGUAUGCUUGUUGUCUGCGACCCACGCCGCUGUUCAUGCUGGAUUUAGUUGGUUAUAAAAGAAAUCCUAAGGAAAGCUUAUUUAGAUCGACAAAAUGUCUUUCUCUGACGACGAAGCUCUUGAUUUUAAAUCAGCCGGUCCUUCUAAGCUGGAAAGUUACUUGUUCAGCUGUGAAUUAUCAUCCAAAGUACCCUCUUAUAGUUUCCACGGUGAUGAAGAGGAGGACUUGGAACAUUUUCUUGAGCUUAGAACAGUUUGCCUUGGAGAAGGUGCCAAGGAGGAGAGCAAUGUCGUGGAGGUAACCGCCAUGAACCACCAGGGAAAGAACAUUUCAGUGCCCAUCGUCAGUCUUCACUUAAAGUGCCUUCCAAUGAUGAGCCUGGGAGAAUUUGAACUCAAAGCUCCAGUGACCAUCAGACUCAAAGCUGGAUCAGGACCUGUUGUCGUCAGUGGCCUGCACCUUAUUGCUUCACAGGAGGAAGACUCUGACAUGUCUGAGGAGGAAGAAACAGAAGAGGAAGAUGAGGAGGAGGAAGAAGAAGAAGAGAUGCCUGCCAUUAAACCAGCAAAAAAGAAGCAGUAGUCUGGACCCCUGCUAGAAUCUCAAACUUCUAGAUAGAAAAAAGCAAAAUGGACACAUUUUUACAUCCUCUUCUACACAGCCAUGAUUGUGGCAGUUGCGUGUGCUGCAGAAGGACUCACUGCAGGUUCAGGUCCAGUUAACUGGUUUUGUAAUCAGGAGAGUUCCUUGUUUAUGACCUGUUUUUUUACUGACAAAGUUUAAUCCAGUGUUAUGUAUUGUGUUAAAUCUACCCACUGCUGUCAUAAUACUGUUCCACCAGCAGAUCGUGACAAUGUUAAAGAUGAAAAUCUCAAAAAGUUGAAUAUUAGUUCAACUUGAUUUGCACAAUCAUUUGAUUUAUAUGCAGUUCAUAAAAAGUGGUUGACUAUUUGUUUUAAUCAUGUAGUCUAGUUCACACCUGUAUUUGUGAGGUGAUGCAUGUUCACUCAGACAAGAAAUAAAUAAAAUAAAUAACCGAACAAGUUUAAAGAAGUUACAAAAAAAAACAUAGAAGUCACCUACAUUUAAGGGGAACUUUGUGUCCUCAUUAUUAGGAAACAAUGUUCUGGUUAUAACUGACAAAUCCAGCAGCCGAUUGUGCAGGAAGGCCCCAAAUCAGAAAACCCACCGAUUGAAAAGUACUUCUUCCUCUCUCUGGGUUUUAACUUCUUUUCACUUGUUGCAUGGGUCUGUUUUUAAAUUUUACCUAUCCAACACAGCUAAAUGUAUAUUUUGUAUUUGAUACCAAAAAGUGACACAUUUUGUCGUUUACAAUAAAAGAUAAUCUUUCAAAUAAA